AUGUCUAACAAGCGUGGAAGCUCAGCAGGCUUGGCCAUGAAUGAGGGCUUCAUCGUCAAGCACUAUGCCGGACAGGUGGAAUACAACACGAAGGGUUGGUUGGACAAGAACAACGAUCGCCUCCUCGUCGAGUGCGAGGAGUUGAUUUGCGGCUCGGAGUGCAACUUUGUACGGACCUUGGGAGACGACGAGAAGAGCAAGGUGCUCUUCCGCUCCAUCAGCAAGAAGUAUUCGGCCGACUUGGAAAACUUGCUGAAGACGCUCAACCAGUGCCAUCUGCACUACAUACGCUGCUUCAAGCCUAACGAGCUCCAAAAGCGCAGCAUCUUCAACGACAAUCUGGUGCUGGACCAGAUCGUUCAGUGUGGAACCAUUGAGUUGGUCAAGAUCAUGCACGAUGGGUAUCCCAACCGCUGUGUCUUCGACGAACUGGUAUCUCGUUUCCGCAGCUUGCUGCCGGACAGUUUCCAGCGUUACGGGAACCGCACCUUCAUCGAAGCACUCAUGCUGGCCUACGACGUGCCGAAAGAGGACUGGGCUUUGGGAAUGUCCCGGCUCUUCCUGAAAGCUGGGCAGCUGAAGGCUCUGGAAGAUCUCCGCUCCAAAGGCGCCAAGCCUGACACAGAGAAGCUGCAGCAGAUCGUCCGCGGUAUCGUCCGAAAGAGGUGGGUCAGAGCAGGCCAUGCUGUGCGGCUCUGCAACUAUUUCCCGAGGUUCCUCUCCGCCAUCCGUGCAGCACAAGCAGUGCGUGCUUUGGCGACUCGGGCCCUUUUGGUAGGUCGGCUUCAGAAGCUCCGAGAAGCCGCGAGGCAGAAGAUGGCCCUGCGCCGCCGCUUCCAGGUCUUGGUGCGCGUGGCCGUGCUGACCAAGCGGUUCGUCGACAAGUUGAGCACGAAGGUUCGACGGCAACGUGCCUGGAAACGCUUGAGCACGGCGGUUGGCACCUGGCUGCUGUUGCAGCAGAGGGUGCUGCCCUGGUUGGCCCGCAGCCGGAGGUCGAUCCAGCAAAGAAUCGAGGAUGAGAGGCGCGAGAACGAGCGAAGGGCCGCCGAGGAGAGGCAGAGAAUCGCAGAAGAGAAGCGCAAAGCGGAAGAAGAGCGGCGCAAAGAGGAGGAGGAGUUCCAGAGGAAGGUGGAGGAGGAUCGUCGGAAGCUGGAAGAGGAGAAGCGAGAGCAAGAAGAGCGCCUGGCUGCUGAGAAGGCGGCUGCGCAGGCCGAGAUCGAGAACAUGAGGCUUCAAGCUCAGGAGGAGCAGCGCAAGGAAAUGGAGAGAAUGCGCGAGGAGCUGGAAAGGCUGAAAGCAGAUCAGGAGUUCUUCAAGAUGGAGAAAGAAAAGCAGCUGAGAGCAGAGGCGCCCGCGCCCAUCAUGGAAGUGGCGUCACCCUGCCGAAGUUCUCCAAACAGGCGGAACUCGAAGGCGCUGCCGGAGGACGACUCGUGCUCCACGGCCCUCGUGACUGACGACUAUGAUGUUGGAAGCAGCAUGUCGGUGGUGCUUCAAGACAGAGAGCGCGCGCAGAUGGAGACAAGAAUCAAGGCGCUGGAAGAGGAUGCUGCCAAGAGGCAACAAGAAGUCUCCACCCUGGUGAAAAUGCUCAUGUACAAGAACAGAUCGCUGGACUUGAGGAUUGACGCCGAGUGGGAGAGCAGCAUGCCUCCCGACAGCGAGUAUCCUCUCAUCGGCUUGGCCCCGACCACCCCUCGGGGGAGCGACGCAAGGAGGCUCUCCCGUGGCUCUUCCACCUAUCAGGCGGACCUCAGGCAGCAGCGGCGGCAGAGUUUCGCCGCGAACGACAAGAGAUGCUGGAAGGAACAGCGCGAGUUCCUGCUGGAAGACAUCUAUCCUCUCGGCCAGCCGAACACGAAGAGCACGCCUAGCAAGCCGCGCGAAAGGCGUCAAAGCUGUGGUGGCACUGCCGAAGCAUCCCUCCAGGGAGAACGUGUUCGAAGGAAUACGCAGGUGGAGUCCAGCGGCUUGAAGCAAAAGUUUCAGCGGGCGCUCGGCUUGGGUCCGUGA